UCGCCAUCAAAUGAGGCGGAACCACCUUCUGCAUACCGACCAUUCACGAAAGCUGAACGUAUACAACAGCUGAACGACAUUGACAAGAGCAUUACACAACUCCUGCAAUCCGCUGGUCUGGCUCUCAAGACCCUCUCAGCCUCUCAAUCCGACUCCACCCAAACUCCCUCCGCGCGCCGAGAAGCCUUCGAAAAUGCCUCGAAUUCCUACCUGAAAACUCUGCAGAAGGUGGAUAUAGGAUUGAAGCGGCAGAUCUAUGGACUGGAAGAGUCAAAUAUAAUUCCCCCCGAAAAGGCGAAGAGAGGCAGGGAUGGGCAAGAUGGCAGUGGUAUGGGCGGUUUGAGGUCUGCUGCAGCUCCAGCAGAACCUCCUUCUGGAGAGAGUGGCAUGGGUAGGCUCGACAUCGGAUGGCUCAAUAGCAGAAGCGGUCGAGUUGGGAGGGAUAUGGAAGCAGAGUUAUGGGACAAGGCAAAGGUUUUCUUGGAGGAUCUGGAGAGGGGCAAUAGCAAU